AAAGUAACCUGAAGAUAUCUUAUCACUUAAGAUAUCACUUAGUAUUCGCAAUUUCACGUAAAAGAUCUCAAAGAAAUCAGAACGUUAAAAGAUAGCCAGAAAUUGGACAAAAACGCUUGGGUAACAAGUGUUUCUACUUACCCUACCCCCGUUCGGGUGACAUUCCGAGAAAGGUUGUGCACGCCAGAACAAACCAGAACAAACCGUGCGUUCGGAUCAGAAGUGUAUUCGAUAUUCGGUUGUUCAUGCAUGUUGAAUGUUAUGGAAUAUGGUACCAUCUCAUCGUCGUAAUCGGUGGUUCACCAGAACAGCUUUUGCGCUAAUAGUCUUCUGGAUAGGGUUAGGGAAGGUUAAGCCAGCUGUCGAAAUAGUCAGUCCUGUAAAAAACCAGAUCAUCAGGUACAGGAACGAGUCUCUGUUAUUUAAUUGCACAGUCACACCAGCUGGCAGAGUCAAUAGGACUGAUUUGCUAUGGUUGAGAAACAGCAGUAGUUAUGAGCCACCUGGUAAGAUGGACACUCCUUACUGGUCAAGUUUUGAGCUCAAGAAAGGUCUUCAGCUAGGAGAUGAAGGUGUUUACGAGUGCAUCUCUGCGGUGGGGUCAGAUACUGUAGAAGUGCGCCUUGCAGAAAAACCAGAAGCAUUUCCAGUUGGAAACAGCAGUCCAGUCGCUGCCAAACUUGAUGAAUUAACUCAACUGAAAUGUAGUGUAACAGGGUGGCCAAAACCAAAUGUCACGUGGCUCAGAAAUGGUCGAAAUGUACUUGACAUAAAUCAAAAGCAUUUUUAUAACGUAUUACAACCUGCAGCUGGUUCCUAUGAACUGGACAUUUCUGUUACUCAAUGGAAACACGAAGGGUGGUACACUUGCAUGGCUUGGAAUGCUGUUGGAGAGGGCAAUGCCACAAUACAAGUCGUAAUUGACCCGGAUUAUAUAUUGAGGGCGGAGAAAACAAAGUACACUGCCAUAGUUGGAACAAAUGCCAAGCUUGUUUGUUUUAGUGAAGGUGUCACUAACAAUAAUCACACAUCGCUAUCUUGGGUGUUCAAUGGGACAGAGAUUAAAAACACCAGUGACCACUACCUUGUUAGAAAUCGUCACGACAAAGGGUCACGUAGAGCAAGCACAGAACUCUCUGUCCGUAAUGUGAGGUAUGCAGACAGUGGCACUUAUGGCUGCCUCAUUAUUGUGACCUUGUCUGGCAGAACGACAAACCGUGAUUACAUAACACUUGAAGUGAAAGCAGAAGACAAGGAGAAGAGGCUGAAAACAUGGAUGAUAGCCGUCAUUUCUGUAGUGGCAUCAAUCCUGUUCUUGGUGUUGAUAGCAAUGAUCAUUGUGGUGUGUUUGCGGAAAAGACGAGAGGAGAAGCUGCUAGCAAUUGCUCAGAAAUACGACCAAGAAGAACACGUCUUCGAAAAAGACUUGUUCAUCUCGUACAGUACCAAAGAUUACGAUUGGGUCCAACAAUCGCUUCUGCCUGUGUUUGAUGAGAACGGCAUCAAUUACAUAAUUCAUUCACGUGAUUUCGUGCCGGGGAAAGCGUGGCUUGAUAACAUGGCUGACAGCGUAUACAACAGUAGGAAGGUGAUCUUGGUGAUGUCCAUCAACUACCUUUCAAGCGCCUUCUGCAAGGACGAGAUGCGGAUGGCGAUACACCGAUGUUCGGAGAGAGACGAUUCUUCGUUGAUCGUGGUAAGAAUUGACAACAUCAAAUCCAGUGACAUACCCAAGAGCCUGCGUCACAGAACCUUCAUUGACGUCACCAGUAAAGAAGAGACGAGCAUAUGGCAGCGAAGGAUUCUGGAGUACAUGCGAUCCAUCGUCAGUUCUGGAAGCGUGAAUUCGGACGAGAGCUUUAACGAUACAGAAACAAAGAGUCUUCUUUCGAUGUUCAAGCUGAAGAGGAAGACGAAACGUAACAAUGCCGGAAGGGAGCUCGAAAAUCAAGCAAAAGCUUGAUGGUGACUCGCCCUUAGCGUUACGAUCUUUUCACUUUUAAGUAGGGCUGCCAACUGGGGGAAUGGAUAGCGAAUGGAACUAUCCAGCAUGUAGUUGUUGCUGGCAGCGAAUUAUUUCUUGCAUUCUGAGUGAUCUGAUUUCUGAUCCAAACGAGAUAUCGGUUUCUCAUUUGUCUCUUUGUUUAGUUUUCUUCUCCAAGAGUAAGAGUACAAACAGUCGAUCAAUCCUUUCUGACUACCUGGUCCGUAAACAUCAGAAUAUUGCAUACCACUAAGCGGUAAAUAACUGUUGCCCGUGUAAAGGCCUUUAAAAGAGCAUGAUAUCAUCUGCAACCCGUGCCAAGCGCGAGAAAACGUGCAAGCUGUGCCAAACGUGCAACCCGUGCCAAACGCGGUAAAAAGGGUAACCCUUGUUAAGCGCGGGAAAAAGUGUAAUCCGUGCCAAGCGCGGGAAAAGAAUGACCCUUGUCAAGCGCGGGAAAAAGUGU